AUGUAUCUACAUCGAUGUUCAAUGUCAAGUAUAAGUGAAGAAUCAGAAACAGGUGAUGAUGAUCUUAAUGAUGAUGAAUAUGUUAUUUGCAAUGAUAAUAAUAUUAACAAUAAUAAUGAACAAGAAAAUCAUUCUUCGACAAGUUUGUCUGUUGAAAAUUGUCUUGGUGAUUUAAAUACUUUUAAAGAAGAAAUUCGAGAAGCAUACCAAGAACUAUCUACAUUAGAACGACAAGCUCGAAAUAAAGCGUCAACAUCACCGACAAUUAUAAUUACUAAACAAGAAGAUGAUCUUGACAUGUUACUUGAACAACUUCAUACACUUGAAGAGCGAUUAGAUCAAACAAAAAUGUUUCCACAUGAAUCUAUUCAUCGUAAUAAAAAACCACUUUCACCAACUAUUGUUGCACAAUUUGAUGAACUUGAUCAAGCAUUAGCUACACUAACUAGUACAUUGAAUAAUGUUGAAAUUGAAUUAGGAGAUUCAGGAAAUAGUUCAUCAUCGUCAGCGGUUAGUGAUUCAACAACGAUUCAUCAUCAUCAACAACAACAAGAUGAAAACGAUAAUAAACAUCAUGAAAUUGAAGGUGAUGAACACUUUUCUGAUAGUGGAUUAUCACAAUCGACUGAUUCAAUAAGUUUACCAUUUAAACAAAUUUCACAAUUAAGAACAAAUAGUCAAUUAUCAAAUGCUUCUAGUGUUAUUUCAUGUGAUACAUUAAGAAAUUUUUCUGGUGAAAAUAAAAUUCGUUUAGCAUUAGCAAAAAUGCAUGAAGCAAAUAUUAAAAAAAUGUUUAUUAAAAUUUAUAAUGAAGAUAAAUCAACAAAAAAUAUUCUUAUUGAUGAAACAAUGUCAAUAUUUGAUAUAAUUAUAUUACUUUUUCAUAAGUAUCAUGUAAAUCCAACAUAUAAUUAUUCAAUUGUUGAAGAUUUACCUGAUUUACAUAUUUACCGUAUAUUUGAAGAUCAUCAAAAUUUAAUUGAUGAUGCUGUUAUUUAUUGGUCGCGUGACACAAAUAAUCGAAUAUGUUUUCAACAACAUGAAAUUAAAUAUUCAAUGUUUAAUGAAGCGAAAAAAUUUUUUUCAAUGCAAGAAAAACUAUCUGAUGAUAUACUAACUAAUUAUAUAUCAUCGAAUACAAUAUAUCUACCUGAUAAUAUAACAGGUAUUCUUCAUAUUAAAGAUAAAAAUCGAAAAAUUUGGAAAAAAUAUUCAUGUAUUCUACGUCAAUCAGGUAUAUAUCGAAUGCCGAAAUCAUUAUCAUCAAAACGUAAUCUUAUUUGUUUGUUAAAAUUUGAUUCAAAUAUGCAAUUAUAUCAUGCAAAAAAUUGGAUUGAAUCAUUACGUUCACCAACACAAUAUGGUUUCGCACUUAAAUAUGCUCAUAUACAAAAAAAAUCUAAUAAAUAUAUACAUUAUAUAUGUGCAAAUACAAAUGAUGAAUGUCAACGAUGGAUAAAUGGUAUACGAAUAAUACAACAUGGAAUACAAUUAUAUAAAAAUUAUCAACGAAUGAAACAAAUUAUUGAUAAUGGAUCAGAAAAUCUUUUAAAAGUUUUACCAAAUCAACAUUAUUUUAAUUUUAUACAAUCAAAUACAUCAUCAAUAAUGACAGAGUCAAUGUCAAUAAUUUCAUUACCAAUCAAUCAAAAAAAUUCAGAUAUAAAAAAAUCAUUUAAUAAUCAUGAAAAUAAACCAAUGGAAAAAAUUUUUAAUUCAUUAGAUCGUCUUAAAACAUCAAAAAAAAAUUUUAUACGUUCAUCAUCAUUUCAUGAUAGUUUACGUCGUUCAAAUAAAACUGAACAAAAACUUUUACGUACAUAUUCAAUAUCACCACCGAAUUCAUCACCAAUAAAAGUCAAUGAUGUAAGUCUUAAACGUUCAAAAUCAUCAAAAGAACUUACAUCAAAGUCUGCACAAAUGCAACGUUCAAGAACUCCGAAUAAAAAAGAUCAUCAUGAAACAACUAAAAGUUCAUCAGCAACAUCACUUAUUCCUUUUAUUCAUCAAUGUAUACAACCCGAAAGAACAUCAAGUCCUUCUAGACCACCUUUACCACCAAAACGACCACCACCACCUGUUCCUAAAAAACUCUCAUCAAAUCAUACAACACCAACACCAACAGUUACUGUUGAUAAUCAUAUAUAUGAUUCUUUUCAAGAUAAUCAAUCAUCAAUGACAAAUACAUGUCAGCGAACAUUUUCAUAUACAAAAAAUCAUGAUAAUGAAAAUUCAACAGUAUCUAAAUCACAUUUACCCCUUAUGAGAGUAACAGAGCUAUAA